CUCUCUCUCUCUCCCUCUCUAAAAAAAACAGAGUAUUGUUUCUUUGAGUUUCAAGCUGACGAUCGAAAAUCAAGGAUCCACUAUCCGUGAAAUCAAGCCGAAGAACAGAAGAAUCAUGGGAGCUGGUGGACCUGAUGAAGAAGACAACAGGUGGCCGCCAUGGCUGAAACCGUUGUUGAGAGAGCAAUUCUUCAUUCAAUGCAAGCUUCAUAUCGAUUCUCACAAGAGCGAAUGUAAUAUGUAUUGCUUAGAUUGUAUGAAUGGCUCCCUCUGUUCUUGCUGUCUGGCUUAUCACAGGCAUCAUCGUUAUAUUCAGAUAAGGAGAUCAUCGUACCAUGAUGUAAUAAGAGUAUCGGAGAUACAAAGGUACCUGGACAUAUCUGGAGUUCAAACGUAUGUAAUAAACAGUGCUAAGGUUGUCUUCCUCAACGAAAGGCCUCAACCAAGGCCUGGAAAAGGUGUCAUCAACACUUGUGAGGUCUGUGUUCGAAGCCUUGUGGAUUCCUUCCGCUUCUGCUCUCUUGGUUGCAAGAUAGUUGGGGCAUCAAAGAAUUUCCAGAAGAAGAAGAGGCAAAUGGAAAUGGAAUCUGACUCUGAGGAUUCAUACAGCAGCAGUAGCCAUGGGAAGUCUAACAAGAACCAAGUGAGAAGCUUUAGUCCUUCAACACCCCCUCCGACUUCGGUUAAUUACAGAAGUACCAAACGUAGAAAGGGUAUACCCCACCGAGCCCCAAUGGGAGGACUAAUCAUACAAUAUUAGCCUUAAAUUAUAGGGACACACACACACAUAUAUAUAUAUACACACUUUUUUCUUUCUUUUACAUUAUAGGUUUUUCGUAAGAUAAAAGUAGGGGCUUUUGUUUGCUUGCUUUUUCUUGGUUGGGGAUAGGGAAAUGGAUAAAAUAUGUAAAUGUUACCUUGUUAUUUAGGAUGAAGUGUUUAUAAAUAAAAUGAUUGUACUUUGCAUGUUGUA